GCCGGAGGCUAACUGAUCCCCGCCUGGGACGAAGAUGGAUUGACGAAGUGUAUCAACCGGCCAUAUGAAGGUCCAGAUUGGACAGCUGGAGUACUCGGCACUUGUGGAUGACGGAGCCGAGAUGAAUAUCAUUCGUGAGCGCCAUGCCAUUGAAGCUCGGUUAAAGAUCAACCGAGAUGACUAUGGGUUUCUGGUGGGCGCUAGCGGAUCGACCCCAUUCUGCGGGACAGCCAGUGGCGUUCUCGUCACGGUCGGAAAGGUGAAAGUCCGCUCUUACUUUUACGUGUUACCUAGGGUGGAACACGAGGUGCUUCUGGGAAGGGCGUUCCUACGUCGGUUGGAAAGCAUCAUCAUUAACAAGCAUGAUGGAACCAUGUUUGUAAUCCUUUGCGAUCCUGUCUGCGGUUAUUACGAAGUGGUCAAGUGUGCGAACACUGGCCCCUAUUGCUCACGGAACCGGCUGAACCCGGAAUCCUAUACCUUUCCGGAGUCAGAAAAGUUGAGGAAGGAGAAGGAAUCGUUAGGGGAGGAGCCGAAUGCUCGUGAGUUCUCACUGACCCUACCUGAUAUUGGGCAGGCAAUCGAUUUCGUGUCGACACAUGAGGCGAUCGAUCCGAAUGUGGUGCAGGCAUUGACGGAGAUCAUCACGGACACCGGAAGCGCAGGAACUAUGCGCCUUGUUUACUCCCCGCCGGGGGGGAAUAAGGGAGAAGAUGAGGAAUUGACCUCCACUCAACAGGGUCCUUUUUUAGAGGACGCAGGCUUGACACCGGCGCCAAACGUAAGUACAAGAAAGUAGGCGUGAAGGCGAAGCCGGUACCUGUUCUGAUCACCCAGGAGGAGGAAGUCUAUUAUCGUGAGGAGCGCGAGUGGAUCAGAGAAAUGAAAGAGAGAGGUGAAAAGGACCCAUGUCGGUUAACCAAGGAAAGAGUGGAAAGUAUGAUCAUUGGGGAGGAGGACCUCCUUACUGAGCAAGAAAAAGGGUAUAUCAUCGAUAUAUUGAGGGAGGAACAUCUCUCCUAUGCGUUUGAUGAUGAUGAGCGGGGAAGGCUGGAUGUUGAUAAAAUUUCGAUGAUUAG